AUGUCGACUUCAAACAACGAGAACAAGAAGGCUUCAAAAAAGGCACCGGAGAAGCGGGUGGCAUUGAAAAAGAAAACAGCGAAAGAAUUAGAAGAAAUGGCAACGGCAAAAGCGAAUCGAUUGGUGUCAUGUGAAUCAACAGAAGACGGCGAUCCACCGCCACCACCAAGGGCAGUUCCGAGUGAAUCUUCAAUGUCGAAAUUGAAUAAUCAACUGAAAGAAGUUCCCAUUGUGAAAGCAUUUGAUAAAGCCGAGAAAAAACUCGAAGACGAGAAGUCAACUGGGACGAAUAAGAAGUGA